UGCCUUGCGUUCCAGAGCAGCCGGUGGCGGAGUUGAGAGGCCUGGUAGCUGUGGGUCGAGGAGACCCCGGUGGCAUGAGGCGGCAGGAGGCGCUGGUGGUGACGGCUGGGACAGCCUCAGAGGCCGGCCGCGACGGAGAGCAGCCUAGGCCCGCAGGGCUGGCGUGCCGCGCGCGUGUUGAGCCUGGUGGUCCCCAAGAGUCUCGCCAACAAUGGAAGACGUUUCUAUACUGUGAGCCCCACAAGAGAAUCAAGGAGGUUUUGGAAGAAGAACUUUCUAUCAAGAGGGAUGAAUGUCACGUGAAAAGCCCAACUGCAGUGGCCCUGGAUGGAAUCUGGAGCAUUCGAAGGAAUCUCCCCGUGGGAGGCAUGAUACCAGGACAGCAGAGCAGGAACUGCUCACUCCCACAAACCAAGUACUACUCGAGGCAUGGAGGACUGAGAAGUAAGACCCUGGACCCCACAGCCCCACAGGCAGCUGAGGGGCUACAUAGACUAAACCUGGAGUAUCCUCGGAGUUCACUUGCCAACAAGCCUCACCAGUUCAGUGAGCUCCAGGCCCAGUGA